CUUUUUUUGUACCCUGUUACUCACCACCAAGACGGUCCGAAGCAAUCGUUCUCUAUUAUCUAACCAGUGCUGCUUUUUGACUGAGCAUUCAUCCUCGGUUCACAAAGCUCCCAAUCAACCCAACUCCAUCUUCCUCAGAACUUAAACACCUAUACUCUCAUUCGCAAGCCAAGCUUCAUCUCAACAACAUCCCGCAUUUAUUCAGCAUACAUCCCCGAUAACGGUAACAAUGUACGCAACCCGCUCUACCACGACCCCACCAGUACCAUCCGCAAUCCCAAUUGCAGCACACUAUGUCGCUCAGCCCUCCGGUUUGGGUUCUUACCCAUCCCCACCAUCCUCGCUUCCGACAACCGAUGCUCAAUCUCCCUCGACCUCAACACUCUCGAAGUCCCUCCUUACCCGCCGCCAAUCCUCUACCACCAACGUCUCCUCGCCCGCUGUCUCAAUCCCCGGUGGUGUUACCAAGACUCGCCGAAAGUCCAGCGUCGCACACUCUCUCAAAUCCACCCUCGUCCGGUCUUCCUCCUACGCCCCAACAACCGAAGACUCCGCAAUCGAUGAUUCUGAAGUCGUUGGAUCCCCCGCAAACGGAGGAAAAGAAAUCGUCCGUUGCGAGCGUUGCGGAAAGGGGUACAAACAUAUCUCGUGCUUGAACAAGCAUAAGUGGGAGCACACGCCGCAGUGGCAAACAACCUCCAAACUCCUUAUCUCGAAACAUCAACAAGUCCAGCUCCUCGAAGCUGCAUCCGUGCUUGUCUCGAUGGGGGCUUCACCAUCCUCUUCUCCCGCCGCGGUUCCCGCUCAUCUCGGGCCCGCGACGGCUUCGUACCCGUUCCCACCUGGUGGAAGUCCGUAUGCCGCGUCGCCUUUGUCCACUCUUCCGGCUGCGAGACGAGCGAGUUUUACUCGUGGUCCUGGUUCCUUCGUCAGGGAAAGCUCUUACGCGGGCCAUGGUGGUGUCGUCAUUGAGGAAGAGGAGGAGAGUGAGGAUGAGAGCGAGAGCGACGACGAGGAUGUCGAGCGUGGUGAGAGUGAAGAGAGUGAAGAGGGCAUGUUCGGUGGUAUGGAGGAGUAAGUGAACGUCGACUUACACGUGUUCUUGGGGAGAGAGGCCUAGGGGGUUGUUAGAGGCGUUUUUUCGUUUUUGUAUGUAAACUUGUUGGUUGCGCGCGAUUGGGGCAUUUCUUGUGGUAUUGUUUGGGGUUUUGUGUUUUUGUCUGUUGUUCGUUCGUGAAGGUUUUGGAGCAUUUCCGGUGUGGCAAUGAUUUGGCCAUGGGUGUCCUUCUUCUUGUGUUUUUGCUUGGUUUUUUGUGUGUUUUUUGUGUGUUUGCUGUUGUUUAUCGUGCUCUCUAUCCUUCCACGGAUGAGAUGGAUAUGCGUUUGUUGUUCAUACCUAUCUUUUACACUGUCGUUUACCAUAUGAAUUGGAAUCAUUUGCUACCUAC